CUCUGUGAGGAUUUACUACAACGUUCAACAAGCAUGUUCACUUUACAACCGGCCAAGGAAAUCAGUAAUGUUGGAAAGGUGAUUGCGGAAAGUGUGACCGUCCACUCCUUUACAUUUCUAUUAAUUUUCUGCUCUUGUCCUUAAACGAGCAAUCCCAACUCCACUCUAAAGAUGGGUCGGGAGGACAAGGCGACAUGGAAGGCGAACUACUUCACCAAGUUGGUCCAGUAUAUGGAUGAAUACCCCAAAUGUUUCAUCGUGGGGGCUGACAACGUGGGGUCAAAGCAGAUGCAGCAGAUCCGCAUCAAGCUCAGAGGUACGGCUGUUGUCCUCAUGGGAAAGAACACGAUGAUGCGAAAAGCCAUCAGAGGACACAUUGAGAACAACCCAGCCUUGGAAAAGUUGUUGGCCCAUAUCCGCGGAAACGUUGGAUUCGUGUUCACCUCUGGUGACUUGGGAGAUGUGCGAGAAGCUCUGUUGGAAAACAAGGUUCGAGCCCCUGCCAGGGCUGGGGCUAUUGCUCCAGGAGAUGUCAUCAUUCCUGCUCAAAACACCGGCUUGGGACCCGAGAAAACUUCCUUCUUCCAAGCUUUGUCGAUUCCUACCAAGAUUGCAAAGGGUAGCAUUGAAAUCGUGAAUGACGUGCAUAUUUUGAAGGAAGGAGACAAGGUCGGACCAUCCGAAGCAACCUUGUUGAAUAUGUUGAACAUCUCUCCGUUUUCUUACGGUCUCCAGGUUCAAAUGGUGUAUGACUCUGGUAGCAUCUUUGAGCCAAAGAUUUUGGAUAUCAAGCCCGAAGAUUUGCGAGCAAGUUUUAUGGCUGGAGUCAGGAACGUUGCGGCUGUUUCUCUUCAGAUCGGCUAUCCAACUGUUGCAUCUGUUCCACACUCUGUUAUCAACGGAUUUAAGAACUUGUUGGCCGUUGCUGCUGUGACCGACAUCACUUUUAAGGAGGCUGAAACUGUGAAGGAAUUCAUCAAGGAUCCUAGCAAGUUUGCUGCAGUUGCUGUCGCCGCUGCACCAGCUGCCGGUGGAUCUCCGGCCAAGGCUGCUGCUGCCAAAGUGGAAGAGCCUGAAGAAGAAGAGGACGAUGACAUGUGCAUUGGCCUCUUCGACUAAAUCAACUUGGCUGAUUUAUAAACAAGAAAUUUGUGUCCUUUAUACCAUCAUUUUUGGAUAAUAAAUUACUUGCCUGAGAAUUGA